AUGGCGUCGUCGCGGCUGCCCCCGGCCACGCUGACGCUGAAGCAGUUUUUGAGACGGCAGCAGGUUCUUCAGUUAUACAGAAAAAUUCUUCAAGCUAUUCGUCAGGUACCCAAUGAAACUGAUCGUCAUUACUUGAGAGACUGGGCAAGGGCAGAAUUCAAAGGGAAUAAAGGUGCUACAGAAGAGGACACUAUCAGGAUGAUGAUCACUCAGGGGAACAUACAGCUUCAAGAACUUGAGAGAAUUCUGAAAUUAGCAAAAUCCUAGUCUUAAUUGUGGAAUAUAAUACUCUUUUAAUGUAGCUUCCUCAGAAGACAUCCGAUGUGGAGGGACUUCUCAUAGAACCAAAGAGUGAUGCUUAUACAGACUGUUGUAGGUGGGAAAGCUGAGCUUGUAAG